UGCCCUAAGUGAAACUACGGCAUCGAUAGUGAAUUUAACUAUAUGGGAAAAUUAAUAUCGAACGAUUCGACGAUAACAAAUACUUUUUGCGUACAAAGUAUCAAGAAAUAAUAUACUUUAAAAAGCGAUGGAGUUAGAUGAAGCAAUGGCGUAGGUAAUCGGUACGGUGUAAAAGGAGUGUCGAUUUGGCAAACUAUUUCGACAAUCAAGAAGAAAUGUCGAACCGCGAUCCGGACAAUUUGAUGGCCACGAAUGACGAUAAUUUCGACUAUUUGUUUAAGAUCGUGCUGAUCGGCGAUUGUGGAACGGGUAAAACGUGUGUCGUUCAAAGAUUUCGAUCUGGUACAUUUAUCGAGAGACACGGAAGCACGAUUGGCGUGGAUUUUUCCAUGAAAACUGUACUGAUCGAUGACAAGAAAGUCAAGUUGCAAAUAUGGGACACGGCUGGCCAAGAGAGAUUUCGUACGAUAACUCAAAGUUACUAUAGAUCUGCCAAUGGUGUUAUCGUAGUUUAUGAUAUUACAAAGAGAUCAACUUUCUUAAGUUUACAACAUUGGGUCGAAGAAGUAAGAAGGUAUACUUCAUCGCAUGUGUUGUUAGUCUUAGUUGGUAAUAAAUGUGAUUUAGAAAGUCUACGAGAAGUUGAGACGGGGGAGGCAGAAGCUCUUUGUCAAUACCUUCCCGAAGUGUUACAAGUAGUGGAAACAUCAGCCAAAGAAAAUACCAAUAUAGAUUCUGUAUUUUUCUACCUGGCAUCUGAGCUCAAAAGACGACACGAAAAUCGACAAAUAAACGCUAACGAAGAUGAAACCGUCAGACUUGGCGCAGGACGAAAAUUGUCCAACUGCUCUGGUUGUUCGUACAAAAUAUUUUAAAUAAUGGCUCUUAAACAAUUAGCGUAUCAUUUAAAUUUCAAACUUGUACAUAAAACAAGAAAACAGAGUACAAUAUUUUUAUAAUAAUACAAGUAAUGUGAUAUUAAAAUCUUUCAAAUUUGUUAUACCUAGUGUCUUAGAAUAAGACAUAAAGAAUAAGUAAUAUGCUGUUUGAUAAUAACAAAAGAAGAGUAACUAUAGUAACGAGCCAGUAUUUUAUAUAAUUUAUUAUUUAAUUACAAAACAAUUUACUCGCUAGAUGUAUAUUGUACCAAUCCGAUAAAUUAUUGUUGCAUCUACAAUUUUACCACAAUUUUACAUUAAAUUUUA